UAUUUCCUUUCGUUGGUAAUAUCGGCGGAUGCGAUAUGCGUGCAUCGGCUGCAACGAAGUUACCGUCUGUUCACGCGGACCAUUGUUUAUGGAUUGGCCCGACAUCGACGACAGUUGGUGAGAUAAACACGCGUAAGUGCGUAUUCGCGUGCCGCGAACCCAGAAAACGUGACUCUCGCGAAUUGCCGGCGAACGUUUGCCAGGCAACCGUAAUUCCUUCGAUUCGAUUUAACCGGAGUACCAGUGGAAACGAGGCGACCAACAUUUUUGCCGCUCUAUGCGAGGUUAGCGUCGCGAGAAGUGGCCAAUAAGGAGAAACUUGAAUCGUCGCACGCGCUGCAAUAAAGACCGCGUAAUUGGCGAGCGUUCCAGAGAUAAAAGAAAAGCUGUUUCGACGAAUGUAUUAGGUUGGCAACUAAGUGAUUGCGGGUUUUGUCACUACCAUCUAAUGACAAAAUCCGCAAUCACUUAGUUGCCAACCCAAUAGAACUGCGAACGAUGAAACUCGAUUGGAAAGACCGCAUGAACCAGCUUCGCACCUCGUUUAGCUGUUAAAACAAAUCCUGGAAAUUGGAGGAAUUUUCGCAUAACGCAAUUUCGUUGAUGCAUUUUUCUGAUUCGUCGCUGCUCCUGUUGACGAUACAAUUACGCUAGGCUACAGCGAUGGCACGCUCUUUCUACAAACCGGCUAGGAAAGGGGGUACAAUACCUAUAUAAAGCUUGAAUGAAGAUGCUCCCAGCUAUUCACUCUCACCUUUCUCACAAGCGUGUGCACGACGCAAAUCUUCCGCACGAAUCACGAGGGAAGAUCGGCUUCGUGUUCGUCUCCCGUCAAAAGGAUUUCGCUGCGAGGUUACAGGUAAAGAGGAUGAAGAAGAUCGCAGCGCUGCUGACCGUUGCUGGUCUCGUGGCCGUAGCCGUGUGCCAGGAAUAUAUGCCAGGGGGACAUGCGUUGUUCGUGAGAACGUCGUCAUCCGCAGUCGCACACUCGAGAAUCCAGCGAGCUGCCCCGGUAUCGGCCGCAGACGUGAUGGCGCAAAAUAUCCUAGAGUGGAUUCAAGGGAUCUACCGGCAGGGCGCACGUAAACCUCGUCAGCAGUCGGAUCCUCCAGGAUAUCUACCACCGUAUAGCACGCAAAGACCACCGGAGAAACCUCGACCUUUCCAAGCGCCCUCGACCAGCCAGCAACCUACCUACACGACCGUACAAUCAUCGCCGUUCUCCACCCAAAGAUCGACGUAUCUUCCACCCAACAACCAAUCACCCUACAUACCAUCUUCUUACAAUCCUCGUCCUACCACGACGCCGUCCUAUUCGAACACUGGCUCUUCCGCUUUCCCGCCGUAUAGCUCCACUCCUCAACAACCCUCCGCCUCCGGUGGAAUCUCGACCAGUUACGGUUACUCGACACCAGGCUUCACCACCAGUGCACCCGGUAGAUUCUCCACGCCAUCCGGUUUCUCCACUACUUAUGGCUAUUCGACUCAAAGGCCAAGUCCUACCUACGUGCCAUCCGCGCAAGGAUCAGCUUUUAACGAUGGAUAUACCAUAACCAAUGGUUAUCCGACCGCUGGCACGGGGGCCAAUUCCUACGACCAAAGUGGCGGCGUUGGAUAUCCUUCCUCGUCGAGUAGCUAUCCUUCCCCUACUCCUGGCGGAGUGUUUCCUCCUCAAAAUACCGGCAGUGCAACCAGCGGAACCAAUGUCGUGAAACCCCCUGGAACCUCCUCGACCGGAGUUGCUACCGGCCCUGGCGGAGAAGAAUCGGGCGCUUCUGGAACGGGCGAGGGAAACGCGGAAGACGAUGAUUCGAAACACCCGCCGCAUAUUCACGCUCUCGAUGUCGAGUGUAGCAAAACUAUGAUGACUAUCAACAUAGAGUUCAACCGCGUCUUCGAUGGAGUCAUUUAUUCGAAGGGAUUUUUUACGAAUCCAGAUUGUAGGUACGUGGCACAGAAUUCCGGACAAACUCGAUAUUCGUUCACGUUGAAUCUAAAUUCCUGCGGCACCCAAUUCAUCAAUGAUUUCGCGGGGCAAGCUGGCCAAGCAUACUUGGAGAACGUACUCGUCUUACAGAACGAACCAGGUAUACAAGAAGUUUGGGACACGGUGCGCAGAGUUCGUUGCCUCUGGGAAGGAAACAUCAAUAAAGCCCUGACGGUUAACUUCUCCGUGGACAUGUUGAAUCAAGAAAUAGUAACGUUCAGCGGUGACACAGCGAGCGCUAAGUUGGACAUACAAGUGGGAAGGGGUCCGUUCGCGCCUACUGCCGAUGGCCUCGUUAAGAUCGGAGAGACCAUGACUUUGGUCGUUUCCGUAGAAGGAGAUCCCGCCUUCGAUCUCCAGGUUCGUGACUGUAUUGCUCGCGACGAAUCUUCCACCAACACGUUACAACUGACGGACGAAAUGGGAUGUAUAUUGAAACCUAAAUUAUUCGGUGCAUUCCAAAAGACAAACGAUACCGGAAAUACGGGGGCUUCGAUUAUCGCGUACGCGUAUUUUCAAGCUUUCAAAUUCCCAGAUGUGAUGGACCUGCUCAUCGAAUGCAACGUGGAAUUGUGCAAGACCGAUUGCGAACCAUGUUCAAAUACCAAUCAGCAAAUCGAACCGGGUAGACGGCGCCGAUCGAUAAUGUCGAUAUCGACAAACUCGACAUCGAACAGUUCGGCCAUGCCAAUCUCGGAUCCGAUACGCAUCGCUCGUGGCUUCAAAGUAAUCAUGGUGGAGGACUUGAGCAAAGCUAGCAACCAAGUUUUGGAACAGCUCGAGGAAACUGCAGUUGAGGAAGUUGCAAGAAGCUCAAUGAACGUUUGCAUGACAUACAGUGGCUUUUAUACCGCAAUCUCGUUUUUCUUGACUACCAUUCUUGUCACUACUAUCAGUGCAGUUACGCUUUACGUUAAGUUACAACGAGUAUACGGAUCGAAAGCCAUCUAUUCGUAGAAAUUUCACUCGGUUUCGACGAAUAAUCACGACUGAUCGACUGACGCUACGAUCACGACUAUCCGUUAGCGUUCGUAUCUUUCGUUACAAGUUAUCGACUUCCUAACGUGCCUGUCUUUCGUAUUAGGUUUCAUCUUCAUCGCUCGUAAUCUAGAAUGACAAGCUGCACACAAGAGAGAAUCGAUGACGCGAAAAACACUUUAUGAUCGCAGUAUAGCAUCCUUGCGACAUUUCUCGGGGCAUAACAACUACGUAUUUUCGCUUUAUUUAUAUCGGUUAUAUCACGUAGUUUCGUUUUAAUACUGGUCAAUAAUGUCAAUUUCACGCCAUGUUUCUCUUGUGCCGAAGUUGUGCAGAUGUCUAACUGCCGUACUUCAACAAAACUAAAAUUAAGUUUUUUAUUUUAAACACGAAGCGAUGGCAAAUUUCUAACAUAGUACUUGUAAAGUGUCAAAUAUACCUGUUAUUUACAACAGUGUUUUGACGAUAAACGCCGUUCGACAAUGGUACGCAAAUACAUAAGUAUAUAUA